UUCGAGCUCAAAUUCAAGGAGAUUCAAAUUAGAAUGUGGCUGUGGAGACGAACCAGGUAUAUUCACAUCAAAUACCGACCUCAAUCCUUGUCGUCGAUUUCGACGUUGCAUCAACACAGAGUAGCAAUGGCUGAGAGGCUGAAAAUGAAGGAGGAUGAACUUUUGUGUCUUAAAUCCAAAGUAAAUGACUUGGAGGAGCAACUACAAGUCUUGUCCAAGAGAAACAUCUUCAGAAACCGUAUUGUGUGUGUGUCAGUUGUGUUAUUUGUUGUUUUGCUUUUUUCCUUGGGUAAAGGGGAAAAU